GACGUCACGUCCGGACUAGUGAGUAACCGGUGGAAGGAUCAUUGUGCUGUAACUCAGUAUUGCUGCCCAUCAUGUCAUCCCUACUUAAAGUGGACCAGGAGCUCAAGAAAAAGGUGGAUUGCUUCCGAGAAAGAAUAACCAGCGAGGCUGAAGAUCUCGUUGCUAGCUUCUUCCCAAAGAAAUUAUUAGAGCUUGAUGGAUUUCUUAAGGAACAAAUUUUAAAUGUUCAAGAUCUCACACAAAUCCAUUCAGAAAUGAAUCUGCCUGUUCCAGAUCCGAUUCUCCUUACAAACAGCCAUGAUGGAUUAGAUGCUCCCACGCUGAAAAAGAGGAAACUGGAGGAAGUGGAUGAAAAUUUUCCGGGCACCAAAGUAUUUGUGAUGCCAAAUGGGAUGCUGAAGAGCAAUGCUCAGCUGGUUGAGAUCAUUGAAAAAGUAAAGCCUGAGAUAAGACUGCUGAUUGAGAAAUGCAACACGGUAAAAAUGUGGGUUCAGCUUUUGAUACCAAGAAUAGAAGAUGGAAAUAACUUUGGAGUGUCAAUUCAGGAAGAAACUGUAGCAGAGCUGCGAACAGUAGAGAGUGAAGCAGCCUCAUACCUUGACCAGAUAUCCAGAUACUACAUCACCAGGGCAAAACUGGUUUCCAAAAUAGCUAAAUACCCACAUGUGGAAGAUUAUCGACGUACAGUGACAGAAAUAGAUGAGAAAGAAUAUAUCAGCUUACGACUAAUUAUUUCAGAAUUAAGAAAUCAGUAUGUAACAUUACAUGACAUGAUCCUGAAAAAUAUUGAAAAAAUCAAGAGGCCCAGAAGCAGCAAUGCUGAAACACUGUAUUAAAUCAGUGCAUCCUUGUGGAGCCUUCCUUUUUUUCCCCCUCAGUGUUUGGAUUUUUUUUUUCUUAUUUGAACUGAUGAGAAAUGCAGACCAUCAUUGCCUUUUUUGAACUUGUGACAUUCUCUCCACCAUUAAUGGAAAAAUGUCUGAAAUUUUGCAACAUUUGCCAGCUGUAAUUCUAUAUAGAGGGAUUAUCUCAAUGCUAUCAAUACGCCACAUCAGUUAUUGGGUUUGCUAAGAAUACAACAAUGUCUUGUACUAUGGAGCAAGGUGCUACAGUCAAUAGUGGCACUGAACCACAACUUGCUUUGACCCCUGUUACAAAAGGAUGCUGCAACUGAAUCUCUUAUGCUUAUUAAUGUGUAUCAUAUAUAGUCCAUAGAAAAGCCAUUCAGCCUCUACGGCAAAGGCUACUUGUAGCUGUAAAAACCCUAGUAAAGUAGCUGUUUGCUACCAGAUGACCAGUGAUUGACCGUUGUGUAAUUCAUGUUAUAUGGCUUUCAGUUGAAGGUUGCUACCUGUCUUUUUUUCGGACAUUCAGAAGCACAAAUUUUUCAUUUGUUUUCCCUGAAACCUUUAUAAUCCUAUAUGAAUAUACAUCCCAUGGAAGCUAAGGCAUUUUAAGCCCUUUAGGGCCAAGGGACCUUGUCACUUUUUGCAACUUUUCUUGAAUGUAUCACAAUCUUAGUGAUUCUGUCCUGAUCCUUAGUGAGUUCUUCUGUCACGCCAAGGUCAUCUACUGUAUCUUUUUGCGUAUCAGGUUUACCUAAUUAUUAAUAUACUACAGGAAUAACAUAUAUUUUUUCUAUCAUGUUGCCUGCUUUAUUGCCAGCCUCAGCCUAAUGGCAUAUACAACAUGUGUGGGGAUUUCGUCAUGAAUCGGUUUUAUCAAGACAAAUCACGCCAUCAGUACUCUUUGGACGGUCUUGUGGGAGAUCAGCUCCAGUAGUCAUGGGCUAAGUCUUUCCCAUAGACCUUACUUGAAUGCAAAUCAAAGGUGUUUUGCUAUGGCAAGUUGUGUUGGGAAAAGUCCUGAAGACACAUGUCCAGUGCAGGCUUUUCACACAAGCCCCCUUAGCUGUGUAUUUGGCUUCAUAAAACUGCUCCUCUAAACUUUAGCGUAGGGGUAUUAUGUCUUAUAAGUUAUGGGCUACCUUAGCGCUGUCAGCUAUAGGACCACAGGCUGAAUGUGGCCCUCCAAAUUCUUUUUAUGACCAGUCUUCUCAGAGGCUUUAUAGACUUCACUAUAUGGCAUCAUCAUUUUAAUUUAAUCUGGCCCUCCAAUGAGAAAUAAUUGGCCCUGUAGAUGUAAUGAGUUGGGCAGCACUGGGCUACAUUUUUGUUUUACUCUCCUUUGUCUUACAUUCUUACAGGGGGAAUAGCGCCCAAACUGCCAAGUUGACUUAUCCCUUUUUUUUAAACAGAACUUCUUAAUAGUGUUAGAAAUCAUAGCGCUUAUUUUUGCAUAAAAUUGUUGAAUUGUAUUUGUUUUUGCAAUGGCAGUCUUUGUCCCUGGUUUCUGAAAGCUCUUCCAGCAAAAGUUUUAAUGCCUACAUAUCUCAAAUAUUGUAAUGGUAACGUGUUUUUUUCCAUUGUCGCCUAUAAAAAUAAACCUGCACUAUUGAUCUGUAGCCAAGCUACAAGCUAUGUAAUUACAUCUGUACUCUUUGGUUGUGAUUCAAAGAUAUGGUAACCCUACAAGGAUCUUCCUGUGGAAGCUGAGCUUGCACUUGUCUACAGUUGUGCUGUGAGAGGAAAAUUUAGAUCAAGGCAGUUACUAAACUAAAUAGUAAAGUGUUACUAUAAGUAGGUUAAUUUCCACAAGCUGCUGUGAUCUUCUGGCCCAUAUGUUGUGUUUCUGUAAGAAAAAAAAUACCUACAUGCCCUCUUGACUAAUGUCAGGAUGCCAUUGAGUAUUUUGCUGCAUGGUGGUUGGAAUCUACAAUUUCGGUCUGACAUUUUUAAUUGUAGUUACAACAUAUAUAUAUUUUUUUCAGCACUUUGUGACAUCCAGGUCUAGGCCUGAACUGUUCACUUAUGUAACAUAACAUCAUAAGUUCAACGGUACAUGGCACUGUCUUUUAAGAUGUUUUUCUCUAAUCUUCAUCUUCUAAAUGACCUGUAGUUGGCAAGUCUAGUCUUUAUGCUGGCGCCAAGGUGCUUCAGAGACUUGGUGGGACAUUGGGUGUUCUUGGACAUGUGGAAGCUGUAGCUUUUGAAUGAUAAUUGUGCAAACUAGUGGCAUAGCACUGCUUUUUAAGGAGAGGUCUGUAAAAUUAUGUAAGUCGUAUUUACAUUUUUUUAACUAAAGCUCCGUCUGAGGUCAUAUCUUAGAUGAGUAUCCUGAUAGGUAACCAUUCAUUCUUCAUGCAAAAAUAUAUUCGUCAGUGGUAGCUUGCCAUAUUGCUUUCCUCAGAGGUAUCCUUUUAUAAAUGUCUGACCCAGUAUUUUCUAUAAAUUGUUUUUUGAGAGGAUAAGUGAAUGUUUCCCUUAUGUAUAAAGUAGCCAUGUAUGCUUUGUGCACAAAAGAAACUAUGCCUUUAUAUUCUUGUAAAUUGGACAUAAUGGCUGUUCAAAAGAUUACUGCUCUGCACCCCUUGACAUCUUGUGGUUGGUAAUUCUGAUAGUUAUACCUUCUAUGGAUUAUGAAUUGUGCUACUUACCAAAUCUUCUUGGUUGGCCUCCUUGAUUUGCCUCCUAGAGACAGAAGUUGUACUCUUUUGUCGCCAGGCAGUUAAAGAGAUGGAACUGGACUAUUGGCUGAAUUCUGUUUCAGUCAUUGAACUUUAGUGCUGGAAGUGUGGAAUUACAUUUUCUUUCAUAACACAAAAAUGACUUCUGGUUUGGGUGGAGUUUCCGUUUACAAGGAACAUCUCCGAGUUUGGAGUUUCCAUUUAAGGCACUGAUUGGUGGAACUGGCAAAACAUAAGUCCAAAUCAUUUUUUUUUUUCCCUCCUCCUGUUCAUUCCAUAAUUGUACCUUGUGACUAUUUUGUAAAACCUAAAUUUUACUAUUGAGAGUUCUGUUGCAGUUACUUAAUUAUAAAAAGGGUUUUGUGCAAACAAUUGUGACCUUAAAUUAGUGCCCUGUAACCCCACCUCGCCCAUGUAGCUGCCAGGAAGGCUCUUGGUCAGCUGCACUAGCACUCAAUGACUGGGUAUCAGUAUGUUUCCCUUCCUUAUCUGAUUGAUGGUAUCCCAGCCUUAAAUUGUAUAUUCCAAUUUUUAGUAUUUUGGUUCCUUAUUGUAAAAGAAAUGUUCAUUUAUUUUUUUCUUCUGCUGAAGCAACAUAUGUACAAUUUUAAACUUGUGAAGAUAUUAAAAUGUCAGUUGAAUGUGUUUCUAAA